UCCUGGUAUGAUGAUGUUACUUGUUUAAAAUGCAUAUUUGUUGCUGGAAGAAUGUGAUUGAUUUAUAGUAACAUUUGAUUAUGUUAGCUAUGAUGAAAAUGUAUCGUUUAAUGUCUUAUUUGGUUUAAAUGAUGUAUAUCAUGACGCUAACUAAUUAGCAUUGUAUGCUUAGUGUGUACCAGAGUGGGAGAAGCUGUCGCCCCGUUGCUCCACUGAUUAUUUCUCUUAAUUACAGAAGUACAGUGCUGAAUCUCAACAAGUGGUUGUGUGGUCCUUGUGUGAGUGUGAGAGUGACCGGUCCAGACACGCUACAUAAUUUGGUGCCGUGACCCGGAUGCGCCAGAUCUGCUGCAGCCGAUCGCUGGGGUUUGACAACGCUGGAUCACAACGCUGGAUCACAACGCUUCUGCAACUGAUGGACGAAGGAUCUUCGUCGUUGACGUUCUAGUGGCGGUGUCUGGACAUUGAACUGAACUGAGUAACUGAGCUCUCGUUCCACAUUACACACACAUCGGACUUUACACUUUGCGCACAUUGAACUGUUUUCCACUUUUUUAACUUUUUUUUUCCCAUUUCUGCUUGGUUAAGCAUACAGUAAUUGUGAGGUAGCUUAAUUUUUUUUUUUUUUCCCUUGUUUAUGCUUUUCACUAUCUAAAAUUGGCAAUAUGGCCGAAGGGGGAUGGAAUGAAGAUUUAGUGACGCCACACAUUGGCAGGGGGCGUGGGUUGUUUGGGGUAUCCGAGCCUGUAGUUGGCAAACCACGUAUCUUGGUCUAUGAUUCUGCGACUGAUCCGACUGUGCUUAAUGAGUCGAGUAAACCAAAGUCUUCCACCCCUGCCAAUGCUGGUCCUGACAGUGUUACGCAGCAACUGCGUGACCUUAUUGGUGAGCUCGGAAGCCAGAUAGGUGACUCCAUUGUCACACGUUUGUUAACAAACCAGACUUCAACAUCACCUGGUUCCGUUCCAUUAUUUGAACAGCAACCCUCUAGCACAAUGCCCCUUUCUACGAGCCUUGAUCUGUCCAAAUUAAACCUCAUAGUCAAAGCUGACAUUAAAGAACCACAAAUGUUCAGAGGGGAUGGUAGCGACAAAUGUUCCAUCCUAGAGUGGAUUGAACAGAUGAAUGUGUAUUUGUCCAAAAAGGGCUGCAGCAAAGUCGACGGGGUAGAGGAAAUACUGAACCAUCUCAGUGGCCGUGCAAAGAGCAUUGUCAAGGUUAAACUAAAAAGUAGCCCGGUUGCUGUGCUUAGCCCUGAAGUUGUCUACGAAGUACUGCAGCGCUAUUUCAGUGAGAGUCCUGGCUCGUGCCAGCCGCUAGCCGAUUUUUAUGCAACCCAUCCGAAGCAUAACGAGCACCCUGUUGACUAUUGGGUCAGGUUGAACGAGGCAGCUGAGCUAGCAGAUGCUCACCUGCAAAGAUGUGGUAGCAAGAUGGAAAAUAUGAGCUCAGGAGAUAGCAAUGAUGUUUAUCAGGAACUGUCCCAAUCUUGA